GAGAUAAAUACCCUUUGUCAUCCAUCCCCUCUGUGCUCUUAGUCUAAACCCUCAAGGCUUAGAGGGCUCCAUUCUCUGGACGUCUUUGUAUUUCUGUCACUUUCCUUCAGCUGUUCCUGCUUUCAGUUCAGAGGAGAAGGACGAAAUGUCAGACAACGAAGAAGUCGAGGAAUAUGAAGAGCAGGAGGAGGAGGAAGUGAAUGAAGAAGCUCAAGAGGAAGAGGUGGAGGAGGAGGAGGCAGCAGUAGAGGAGGAGGAGGCAGGGGAGGAGGCAGGGGAGGAGGUAGCCCCUCAGGAGCCUGGGGCAGAUGAAGAGCCAGAGGAUGGAGAAGAGGAGGCAAAACCAAAAUUCAAGCCAUUCAUGAUGCCCAAUCUGGUGCCUCCCAAGAUUCCAGAUGGAGAAAAAGUUGACUUUGAUGAUAUCCACCGCAAGCGCAUGGAGAAGGACCUGACUGAGCUGCAGACACUGAUUGAGGCCCACUUUGUGAACCGCAAAAAAGAAGAGGAGGAGCUGAUUAACCUCACAGACAGGAUUGAGAAGCGCCGAUCCGAGAGGGCAGAGCAGCACCGAAUCCGCAGCGAGCGUGAGAAAGAAAGGCAGAAACACAUCGAGGAUGAAAGGGCACGCAAAGAGGACGAGGAAGCAAAGAAGAGAGCGGUAGAAGAUGCCAAGAAGAAAAAGACUCUCACCAGCCUACAUUUUGGCGGUUACAUGCAGAGAACAGACAGACGUGUUGGAAAGAAACAGACGGAGCGGGAAAAGAAGAAGAAGAUCCUCAGUGACCGCCGCAAGCCAAUGGACAUUGACAGCAUGAAUGAGAACAGCCUAAGGGAAAAGGCUAAAGAAUUGGUGAAUUGGCUGUUUCAGUUAGAGGCUGAGAAAUUUGACAUGCAAUAUGAGUUCACAAAGCAGAGAUAUGAAAUUAAUGUACUGAGAAACCGAGUGAGCGACCAUCAGAAAUCGUCAAAGCGAACCAAGAGAGGCUUGAGGAAGUAGACAUCCUAUGCUGGAGGCCGUCUGCUUCGAAGACAUCCCUCAUCUCCUUUUUCAUCUUUAAAGCCUUUGUAACUUCCCCCGAGUUUCAGCUUGUAUUUCUGUGUUCUGCUAUGUUUAUGAAAUGAAGAGGAAUGAUGUGAUCACAAAGGUUUUAGAAACUGAUAAAUACAAAUAAAUCAUAUUAAUCAAGA